AUGAAGUCGCCGGUGGAAACUCGGGACAGCUCGCUUUACUGUAAGUUCCAUUGUGAUGUGGGACAUGAAACAAAAGAUUGCAAGUCUCUACGAAGAGCUCUUGAUGGAUUAGCCGCCAAAGGGUUUCUGAAAUCCUAUCUUAGCGCGAGCACAGGGGGAAGUGGUAAAAAAUUCUACAAGAAAAGCAAGUCACCGUCAUACCGACGUGAUGACAACGACACUGACCCAGAAAUUGUGGCCGUCAUCUCAGGAGGUCUAGCCGCUGGGGGCCCAACAAUGAGAGGUCAAAAAGACUAUGCAAGCCGGUUGGGACAGGUCAUGUUGUCUGGAAAAACUCCAAUUGACCAUUUCCCUAAAGUGGAGAUUUGUGAAUCUGACAGGGGCAAGAUCGCCACUCCUCAUGACGACCCCUUGGUUAUUGAAUUGAAGGUAGCAAACCUCAAAGUAAGGCGUAUUUUAGUAGAUACGGGGAGUUCGUCAGACAUUAUCAGCAGAGCUUGUCUAAAUCGUCUUGAGCAUGACCCAAAGACAAUUGAAAAGAUACAUUAUCCGAUCAUUGGAUUCAGAGGCGGCAUAAUUCAUCCCCAGGGGAUAAUCACUUUGCCCCUACGUACGAGUUGGAGGCCGGCAUCAAAGUAA